CUUUCUGCGUCGGGGAGCCUGUCGGCGCGUGCGCCGACCGCGGCGCAUGCUGCUUUCCGCCGGCUUCGUCCCUCGCUCGCCGCGCGUGCGCGCUCUCCCACCGGCGCUCCCCACCCUCCGCUUUGGCGCGUGCGCCUGAAGUUCUCUCUGGGUUGGUUCCGGUCUGGCUCCUGCCUUGGGCGCCAUCUUGGAUUUGGGGACAACUGGAGUGAGUGAGAGGGAGGGAGGAGGCGGAGGAACCUGAGGAGGCGAGCGAGGGGAGGGGGGGCCGGAUAGAACAAGGCCCCCCACCCCCACAGCACCCCCUUGCCGUAUAGAGACUCCCCCCCUUCCCCACCCCUUUGCCCCUUAGCGCUCCCCAGACCUGACAGCUUUUCUUGGGCUCUUGCAGGACCCUCCCGCCCACCCUUGUCGCCCCCAACCCUUCUCCCCCGCCAAUUUCCUAAGAGGAUCUUUGUACAUCCUCCUCUUUGGGUACUUCCCAGAUCCCCCGUCCUGUGCAUUUCCUGAGGGAGGGGGCCCUUCCAGCUAACCCUGCCCUAUCAUAUCUGUCUAUGUAGAAGCUCCUUUGCACCUAGGAGAGGCUUCAACAGCCCUCCUAGCCCACGUCGUCUUCCCCUCCCAGCUUAUCCCUUAGCCCCCCUAGAGUCAUCUGCGGGCACCUUGUCUCCCGUAGCUCUCUCCUCCCCCCCCUCCCCCCCGCGAUUAUCUUACAGGAUUCCUCUUCUGUCUCCAUAAAGAGACCUCAUAGCGCUGGAGCUGCCGGGAGACUCCCCUCCCAUCCUUUCACAGCGAUGCCCCCAUCCUGCUCCCUUUAGUGAACCUCUCCUGCAUCCCUCCCCCCCGAAAGCUUUCACUUCUGUAGACCCCUUUCCCCGUAGCCCUUUUCUUCCUUAAGAUCCUCUAUAAGCCAGGCAAAAGAGGGAGAGGCUGAAGAGACCCCGGAUGCCCUGUGUCUCCUAUCAAAGGGGCCUCCCUCAUCCAGGGGAGCCAGCGAUAGUUCCCUCUGUGCCCCUUCUUUGACUGGAGGAGCUGGGAAAGAGGAGGAAGUCGGGGGUCUACUCCCCACCCCAAUAUCCUGGAGCUGGAGCCUCAAGGGAGACAAUACCUAGGCAGCUGCAAAGACUUACAGAAGACAAGCGAAAGUGAGGUCCAGCCCUCCGUGCCGCCACCAUGCCGUCUAAUGCCCGGGCUGGCAGCCUGAAGGACCCCGAGGUGGCUGAGCUGUUCUUCAAGGAUGACCCCGAGAAACUCUUCGUCGACCUGCGGGAGAUUGGACACGGCAGUUUUGGAGCAGUCUACUUUGCCCGAGACAUACGGAACAAUGAAGUGGUGGCCAUCAAGAAGAUGUCCUACAGCGGGAAGCAGUCGAACGAGAAAUGGCAAGACAUCAUCAAAGAGGUGAAGUUUCUCCAGAAGCUGCGGCACCCAAACACCAUUGAAUACAAGGGCUGCUAUUUACGGGAACACACUGCAUGGCUAGUGAUGGAAUAUUGCCUAGGUUCAGCCUCAGACUUGCUGGAAGUGCACAAGAAGCCUCUGCAGGAGGUAGAGAUUGCAGCCAUAACACACGGUGCUCUGCAGGGGCUGGCAUACCUGCAUUCGCACAACAUGAUCCAUAGAGAUGUGAAAGCUGGGAAUAUCCUGCUGACUGAGCCAGGGCAGGUGAAGCUGGGGGACUUUGGCUCUGCUUCCAUCAUUGCUCCUGCUAACUCUUUCGUUGGCACCCCGUACUGGAUGGCUCCCGAGGUGAUCCUAGCCAUGGAUGAGGGGCAGUAUGACGGCAAGGUGGAUGUCUGGUCACUCGGCAUCACGUGCAUCGAACUCGCGGAGCGGAAGCCCCCCCUCUUUAACAUGAAUGCUAUGAGUGCCUUAUACCACAUCGCCCAGAAUGACUCUCCGCUGCUCCAGUCCAGCCACUGGUCUGAAUAUUUCCGGAACUUUGUGGAUUCGUGCCUGCAGAAGAUUCCCCAGGACCGCCCAACCUCUGACGUGCUGCUUAAGCAUCGCUUCCUCUUGCGGGAACGGCCCCAGACUGUUAUCAUGGAUCUGAUCCAGAGAACCAAGGAUGCCGUGAGGGAGCUGGACAACCUGCAGUACCGCAAAAUGAAGAAAAUCCUUUUCCAGGAAGCACAGAACGGUCCCAACGCGGAGGCCCCGGAAGAGGAGGAGGAGGUGGAGCAAUUUCUCCACCGGACAGGCACCAUCAACAGCAUGGAGAGCAGCCAUUCGGUGCCCAGCAUGUCAAUCAGUGCCAGUAGCCAGAGCAGUAGUGUCAACAGCCUGGCCGACGCCUCCGAUGACGACGACGGAGCGGAGAUCGCCAUGAUGCAGGAAGGCGAGCACACGGUCACCUCCAACAGCUCUGUUAUCCAUCGUCUCCCGGGUCAUGACAACCUGUAUGAUGACCCGUACCAGCCUGAGAUGGAGCCCCAGAGUUCGUCGUCAGCUGCCCGACGCCGCGCCUACUGCCGCAACAGAGACCAUUUUGCUACCAUUCGGACGGCUUCCUUGGUGACCCGCCAGAUCCAGGAGCACGAGCAGGACUCCGCGCUGCGCGACCAGAUGAGCGGCUACAAGCGGAUGCGGCGGCAGCAUCAGAAGCAGCUGCUGGCGCUGGAGAACAAGCUGCGGGCCGAGCUGGACGAGCACCAGCUGCGCCUCGACAAGGAGCUGGAGGCCCAUCGCAGCAACUUCUCCGCCGAGGCUGAGAAACUGGCCAAGAAGCACCAGGCUAUUUUUGAGAAGGAGGCAAAGGCAGCCCUGACCGAGGAGAAGAAAUUCCAGCAGCACAUCUUGGGGCAGCAGAAAAAGGAGCUGGGCAACUUGCUGGAGUCGCAGAAGCGCCAGUAUAAGCUACGCAAGGAGCAGCUCAAAGAGGAGCUGCAGGAGAACCAGAGCACCCCCAAGCGGGAGAAGCAGGAAUGGCUGCUGAGGCAGAAGGAGAACAUGCAGCAUUACCAGGCUGAGGAGGAAGCCAACCUCCUGCGCCGCCAGAGGCAGUACUUCGAGCUGCAGUGCCGUCAGUACAAGCGCAAGAUGCUGCUCGCCCGCCACAACCUGGACCAAGACCUGCUGCGAGAGGAGCUGAACAAAAAGCAGACGCAGAAGGAUCUGGAAUGCGCCAUGCUGCUGCGCCAGCACGAGUCAACCCAAGAGCUGGAAUUCCGCCACCUGCACACUGUGCAGCGCACCCGCACGGAACUCACCCGCCUGCAGCACCAAACGGAGCUCUCCAAUCAGCUGGAGUACAAUAAGCGCCGAGAGCAGGAGCUCCGCCAGAAACAUGCCAUGGAGGUCCGGCAGCAGCCCAAGAGCCUCAAAGUAGGUGCUACCUACAUGCCGCCUUGCUGCCUGUGCUGCCCCGAAGGGCAGGAUGUGGGGGUGCUGGAGCCAGGGCAGGGGCCCCCGAGGGUCAUAGAAAUGGACAGAUGUGAGGCUGGAGGUUUAGAGUCUGUGCAGGAACAACUGGGUGGGCCACAUCCAGAUGGUUAUGAGCCCGGGGAUCAAAAACCCCUGGCGGAUGCAGCAUCUGAAUUCGUGCACAGUGGGCACCUAGACCCAAGAGGACACGAAGCCACUCUUCCGGAGCCAGGCAGCCCACGUUACGAUGCCCUGAGUCAGUGCAGACAUGUUAGAGAGGUUCUGGAGCCAGCUGAGGGUAGUGAGGAUGUUGUAGACUCAAGGGUAACACUUCCAGAUCUUUUAAGGAGGUGUCACUUUGAAACCGGGAUCCUGGAGCCAAAGCAAGACUCUCUCGAGCGUGCGGCUCCAGAAUAUGGACUCGAUGAGGAUGACGUAGAGCUGGAAGCCGAAUGUUUUGAACCGAACUGGUUGCAAAAGAGGGGUCUAGAGCUGGAUGAGCAGAGCAUGGCGAUUUUGGCGUCGGGUUCCAGGUGUUCUGGAGAGGUAGAGCCAGACUGGCAGUGCCUGGCAGGUGUCAUUCCAGAUAGUCAGAAGGCUGCAGUUGUGGAACUGAGGCAGAGGUGUCUUGGGCUCGACGGGGCAGACAGUGAAGUUCUAGAUCCCAGUAGUGGAGAAGGCCAGGUUCUAGGUUUCGGUGGAGCAAGCCUGAAGCAGCUAGAGCUAUACGGAGAGGGAGCUGUGGAUCUAGAACUAAACCCAACAUUUCUUGGAGCGCUGGACCAAUAUGGAGAGGGUUCCGAGUUUCUGACGACAGCCCAGGGGCGCCCAGAUGUUUCCAAGCCUGAUGGUCAAGAGGCUGAUAAGCUAGAUCCAUUCAGAUGCGAGGAUCUCCCGUACCCUCAUUCCUUGUCUUCCAUCCUGGAAGAGGGUGCUCUGCGAGGCCCUGGCGAUGGCUGCCCAGCCCCGGAAGAUACUUGUCACCAGCAGAGCACCAGCAAAGCCCGCCCUGUCCCCUCCCCAGUGGCAGCCGCUUUGCCUCAUUUCCUCUGCGUGGCCUUGGCAUUGUUGCUCUCUGCCUACCCUUGUGCCCCGACCCUCCUCCUGCUCCUAGCUGCUCUGUGGGCCCAGGGUGGAGGGUGCCAGGAUAUCCUCCUUGCUCUCGAAGGAGCAGUGGUGGGCCUAGGGGUCACCUACACUCUCCUGCACUCCAUCUUCCUCCUCUCAGGAACCUCCUUUCUGCUUCUGGCCAAAAUUGCCGGAGCGGUAGGUGUGGUGGGGCUGAGUGCCAACAGGGGGCGCCUCUAUGUGCCCGUCAUCCUCCUGGCUUCCUACCUUUUAGCCUCUCCGUGGCUGUUCCUGCCCCUCUACCUGUCGGGGGCAAUGGCAAGGCGCAGCCUGGGAGGAUUCCCCCGCCGCGCCCGGCGCUUUUGGCUCCUCCUGCUCCUGCGUCUGCCUCGCCCAGCUUUCCGCAUCCUCCAGCACGUGGGGCUGGUCAGCGAACAGGGCCUGUUCCGCCUCUUCCCCAAGACCAACAAAGGCGGCUUCCGCAGCCGCAUCCCCGUGCUGUCCCGCCAAGGCCCCCCUCCGCUUCCUUGGCACCGCAAGGCCGUUGCCCUCCUGGCCAAGCCAGUCUCUAGUCUCAACAAGCUUCUAGUUGUGGUGAUUUGCGCCCACUUGCCCCCGGCGGCCCUGCGCUGCCUGAAGGGGCUGCACGUCUUGCGUGAGGAGAAGCCCAGCCGCAUCCCUCGCCUGGCAGUGCAGGCGGCCAAGACGAGAGGGCGUUCGGUGGGGGCGGCCCGGCAGAUCAGCAGGAGGAGUCGUGGGGGCGGCCAGGCAGCACAUGUCCGGAAGCCCUGGAGAUAAGUGUCCCCUGGUUGUGUGCUCAGAGAGGGCAGCUGUGCUGAGACAUGGUGAAUCUUAUUCUAAAACUGUGAAAAACACCCUUUGGCCCGUUCCGGUGGCACCCUGGUCCUUUGCGCAGGGGCAGAGCCAAUCAGUUUUACUCUGAAAGUCGCUUCUUUUCACGUAGCGUGCAGUGUUGGCAGGAGGUUGGCGAUCAGAAAGAGUCAAACCACAAAGGGAAGGUUAAUGGAUGCCUUGAUACCAAGGAUCCCAGGGCCCCCACCUGGGGUAGGGAAGUACUUGAGGGAGGGGAAGGGCUUUUUUUUUUGUUGGGGGGCGGAGGGGAAACUUGCAGGCUCCUUGUUUCCUUAUAGAUGGAGGGUGGGGUGAGGCGUUGUUGUGUGUUCAUUAUCCUAACGAGGAAAGAAUCACCUGACGCCCUUCGGAGCUGCUGGUGUGGGUGAGUGGGCUGUGUUUCUGCCCCCUUAAAAUGAAUGGGUCUGAUGUGUGGGGGUGGGUGGGGAAGAGUUUCAGAGAUGUUCAUGGAACUGAAAGGAGCUGGGGGCCCUUGAAACCAGGAUCAGAGACGCACAUCCUCCGCCAUUAUCUGUAGAUGGGCCUGAAGCCGUUCCCCCCACUAAAGUUCUUGGCUGUGGGGCCUUGGGGGGGGGGGGCACUGCAGGUUUGCUCAACACUCCUGUCUUGCAACAAUCCCAUUAAAAAACAUAAGGUGCUGCCAGUUCCAUUUUAAUCCUACAUUGAACGGGGUAGGGAUCUCUUUUCUCAAUUCUUGCCUAAUGUAGCAAACCCCCCAAAACUUAUGGAAGGUAGGUGAGGGUGUUAGGGCUUAAAGCACAGUCAUCAAAUUAUAUCAGAGUUUCCAUUCAUUACCACCUGUCUUUGAACGGUCAACACCUGAAUCCCACCUAAAUCUACCUCUCCCUUUCUACGCAACGCUAACUCUCAACCCUCAUUUCUGUCGGUUCGGAAAUUUAUAAGACUAGCAGGGUGUUUGUGUUUAAAGAACUCAGACUCCUCCCAGCUCCUAAGGGGUUAACAGUUCUAGGUGAUUCUUUCGCCGUUCCCAUAUAUAUAUAUAUUUCACCAUUUUAUAAAUAUAUAUAUUUAUCAUUUCCACCCUAUUUGUAAUUUCCCUUUGGCUUCAUAUUUUUUUUUGUUUUGCCUUGAAUGUAUAUAUUUCAAGCUGACUUUGUGUUUGUGUAUGUUUGUGACUUUUUUUGUAAAUUUUAUAUUUAAAAAAUUGUGGAAGGGAAGCAAACAUUGUGAUGUAUGAUUUUACAAUUUGACUGAAAAUGGGAGAAAUCCACUAAAUAUGCAGUCGCUCGCUUUAAAGAAUGCUGGGCAAAUUAGUGUUUUUUUUGUGCGUGUGUGAUUGAAGAUCACAAACUUGCAAAUACUGCAUGCAGGGGAAAGGCACAUUUUUUUUGAGGCGGCUGUCCCCUGGUUUGGGGACGUUCAUGUCAGAAAAUCUGUAAGAUACCUUACAGUGGAUUAACUUCUAUGGAAGCAUGGUCGCAUGCUGGCUCUUUAGUUCAUGUUUUAAAAUAAACUUGUUUCAGCCAUUUUUGAAAAAUCCAAAAUAUUACUACCUCUGUGCCUGGACUACUAAUACUUUGCAUGUCUGGAGACUUCAUCUGCUAGAAUUGCAAAGUAUUGAAACUGCAGUGAGGGAGGUAUUUAGACAACCGAAAAUUUAGAUUGUCUCCAUACUUUACAGCUUGGGUUUUUUAGGGGGUUCCUAACACGUCUGGGAUGGCAGCUGCAACAGCUGUCUGCUUUGCAGCCCAUGAUCAAAUGCCUUCCCCUUUAAUUUGAUCAGCAGUUGUGUUGAAGUGUUCUGUGUAACCCCGAGGACUCGUGCAUUCUUAUGCCGAUUGUAGUCCUGCCGAUAAAGGCGUUGCCAGUCGUUACUGGACUUCCUUUUAUUUUUUUUAAAGAACAUUAGCUUCUAUUUCCUAUCUAAUCUACAACUAAUGCACUAAUAAAUUGGCAUAAAAGUUGCUAAUUUUUCCUUUUUGCACCAAUUGGGCGCCUUGACCUUGAAGAACAUUUCUCAGCCGACUUGCCUGCUUAUUUCAAGUCCCCUGAGAUUGACAAACAUAACAAAGGGGGUUUGGUUUGGUUUUGCUUCGCUUCCCUUCUUACUAAUUUUGUGUCAUUUAAAUGCCUUGGAAGACCCUAAACUGUAUGGUCAAAUCACUUGGGAGUUAUUUUCUACAUUUCUGGUGGCUGAUUUAUUUUUUGGUUUGUUUCCAUUUGUAUUUCUGUUCAUUUUCACGGCUUUUAUCAGUCCAACAAGUGUUUCCACCUCUUUUUUUUUUUUUUUUAAACACCAUUCUGAGCCUAUCCCAUUAGUUUUAAUUCCACUUUUUCAUCCGUUAUGUUUACUGUGCUUCUAGAUUUUAGAGUCAUUUGUGCGUUUGGCACAUUGUUACAUUUCUCCCUUUUUUGGUUCACCUGUGGUCUUUUAUUCCAGUUUUGUUUACCUGUGGACUUUUUUUUUUAGCAUUCCUCUUUGGCCAAAUUUGUUUUCAGCAUUGAUUCUGUUUUGUCCAUUUAAUAGUAUAUUUGUAUCCCCGCCUUUCCCCUCACCCCACAUUUUUAGUUAUGGUUUUGCUUAUCUUCCUUGCAUUUUAAAAAAAAUUCUAUUGAAUAUUUUUUUAAUUUAUUUCUCCCAUUUUGAGGGGGGCAGGUGUUUUAUCUGUGGUUAAUUUAUUUCUCCCUUCCCUGUUUGUGGAUGCAUGUGAAAAAAUUUUGAAGAGCAAAAAAUAAUAAAAGAAAGAAAUUCUGCACCACAACUCA